GAAGCAUCCCGAGCGCCGCAACUCCACCCCGUGACGAAGCAGCCACCGCCGCCUUCAUGUCGUCUUCCUCGUCACCAAGCAAGCACGCACCAGUCCCAGUCACCACCGCAAGCACUGCCGUCGCGUCGUCUCCCACCUCCGCCGCCGCACAAAACUACCGAUCGCACGAGCCGCCGAGCCCUCCCCCACUGUGUCAGCCGACACGAAGCGUCAUGCCUUCGCGCCUCCUCCUCCUCCUCCUCCUCCCCUUCUUCCUCCUCACCGCCGCGGCCGCGGGCCACGACGACGCGGCGGCGCGGCGGACGAUGGAGGAGUUCGCCGGCUUCCCCACUUCCGAGGAAGGCAAGGGGAACUCCUCCCCCUUCCACGUCGACUCCGAGGGCCUCCAGCGCCAGAUUGAUGAAUUGGCGUCGUUCUCCGACUCGCCCGCGCCGUCGGUGACCCGCAUCCUGUACAGCUACAAGGAUGUGCAGGCUCGGAGGUAUAUAAAAGGGAUAAUGAAUCAGCUUGGGCUUGCUGUUCGAGAAGAUGCUGUUGGCAACAUAUUCGGCCGCUGGGAGGGUUCUGAGGCUGGACUAGGAGCAGUUGCAACGGGUUCUCAUGUUGAUGCCAUUCCAUUCUCAGGCAAAUAUGAUGGUGUUGUUGGUGUUCUGGGUGCUCUUGAGGCAAUUAGUGCGCUGAAAAGAUCUGGUUUCCAGCCAAAAAGGUCUUUGGAGGUUAUUAUGUUUACAUCAGAGGAGCCUACACGAUUUGGAAUUAGCUGCUUGGGAAGCCGUUUAAUGGCAGGGAUUGAAGAACUAGCUCAAUCCCUGAGAAAGGUAGUUGACAAUCAGAAUGUAUCAUUUUUAGAUGCUGCAAACUCUGCUGGCUAUAUGAUGCAUCCAGAAGACCUGCAUGGUGUUUUUUUAAAGAAAGACAGCUACUCCGCUUUCAUAGAAUUGCACAUCGAGCAAGGUCCCAUAUUGGAAAAGGAAGGUAUCCCCAUUGGCAUUGUUACUGCUAUUGCUGCUCCUGCAAGUAUUAAAGUGGAAUUUGAAGGGAACGGUGGUCAUGCUGGAGCAGUGCUCAUGCUUGCAAGAAAUGAUGCUGGACUGGCAGCAGCUGAGCUGGCAUUAGCAGUUGAGAAACAUGUUCUUGAAUCAGGAUCAAUUGAUACUGUUGGAACUGUUGGUAUUCUGCAGCUACAUCCAGGAGCAAUCAAUAGCAUUCCAAGUAAAUCACACUUGGAAAUUGAUGUAAGAGAUAUCGAUGAGAAGAGGCGAAAUGAUGUCAUUGAGAAGGUUCGCCGAUCUGCAACAGAGAUAUCAAAGAACCGUGGAGUAGUGCUAUCAGAAUUCAAGAUCAUCAACCAGGAUCCACCUGCACUGUCUGACAAAUCAGUCAUUGACGCAAUGGAAUUUUCUGCAAAACAGUUGAACCUUGAGUAUAAGUUGAUGAUUAGUAGAGCUUACCAUGACUCACUCUUCAUGGCCAGAAUAUCACCGAUGGGCAUGAUCUUCAUUCCCUGUUACAAAGGCUACAGCCACAAGCCUGAGGAGUAUGCAUCACCGGAGGACAUGGCGAAUGGGGUCAAGGUUCUAGCCUUGACGAUGGCUAAACUAUCCCUGGGGUGAGCACUCGGAGGAAUGAAGCCAUCAAGUGCCAAAACAAGCACUUGUAUUCUUGCCAAUAAUAAACUGCACAACACUUGCAUCAUCUUCUCUGCACCAGGCCCCUGCAUAUACACCAUCAUUCAUCGGGAUUCAAGAGUAGAGUUAACAUCUGGAUGGUCUGGAAGAACCAAUGCAACUGUUUCAGCGAGGAAACACAAUCUGGCCGACUUCAUCACAAAAAUGUGCUACUUCUCCUAGAUCCUUGAUAGUGAACGAUCACCGAAAAUGCUCACGCAGAUGUAGGGCGCACUGAAUCUGAAUGUACUAUAUGAUGCUAGUUGCGUCCUAUCAAGAAUUCUGUUAUACAAUAACCACUUGGAGACUUUUUCCGA